AUGGUCGGCGUUCCACGAUCUCUAGGGUGCUUCACGUGUAGGAAGAGGAAGGUCGCGUGCGAUCAAAGUCGACCGACAUGCAAGAACUGUCAGAAACGUGGCGUCGAAUGUGGCGGGUACGCCAAAUAUUCGACCGUCCUGCAGUGGACACCCAAUGGCCUUAAGAAGAGGCAGCGCUUCGAGGAAGUAGUGGGCCGCAAGCAACCUUCUCAAGAUGCGGCUCUGGUCAAGUCCAGAUCCAGCUCGCCUAGCAGCACUGCACCUGCCCCUUCAGACUCCGAUAUAGGACUACUUCUCCCCGCUCAGGCUGGCAUCGGGAGCCUCGUGUUGCAACAACUCCAGACGAAAUGUUACGAGACCUACCUCCCUCCUCGAGGGGAGGUCAUGGUCGACGUCAAGGAGACAUGGAUGUAUACCAUGAACACUUUGACUGACCAAGGGAACGCUCUGUCAGCCUCCUUCGCUGCGCUGAGUCUGGCUAGGAUGGGGGUGGUGACAGGCAAGUCUGACUUGGUCGCCCAAGGGAGGGGACAGUACGCAAUCGCCUUGACUGGCUUGAAGAGAGCGCUAUACGAUCCCGAUCUGGCGUUUCAAGACAGGACACUGGCUGCAAUGAGGACGUUGUCGAUAUACGAGAUCUUGUCUCCCACGUACUCGUCAGUACCACAUGGAAAGGUUCACGAGCAUGGCAUGGCAGAGUGGUGUCGGGCAGCAGGUCCUCGCAGCAUCAAGACAGACUUCGCCAUGCAACUGUUCAAGGACGUCAGGUGGACCAUCAUGAACCACUGCAUCGAGACCCACAAGGCAUCUAUCCUUGGUAGCGAAGAGUGGUUGACACUACCUUGGGAACGAUUCGAGAAAGACAGCCUGCAAAAGCUUUAUGACUUUGGCUUCGACAUUAGCACACUAUUGCAGUUGGUAGACAGCAGUCUCGCUUCCUAUGAUUCGGAACUGCUGGCAACGCUACCGAUGACAUGCUUCAGUCUGCUGGAAGGGCUCGACCUAUGGCGUGAUAAGGCAUGGCCAAGUCAGCACGAUUCGCCGUUCGAGCUUAGCGAAGACAUCUAUGCCGACACAGAAAAAAGCCUACACAAUCUCAGUGGCAUGUGGGAGGCAACCAACAUGAUAUACUAUUGGUGGUUCAAGAUUCUCCUCAACGAAGCGCUGUCUUCAUUGCAAACAGCGUCCAGCCGGGAGAGCUCUAUCUUCUCUGAUGGAUCUUCGCCUGAAAACAGCCAGUCCACCGUCAAUCAGUACGCAGAUCUGGCACUCACAAGCAACAUACUCACGCUGGCGGCAGACAUUGUGCGAGCAUCGCCGUAUCUACUGGCCGACAACACAGGCUGGGUGGGUCCGCAGAGACUGGCGUAUCCACUCAAAGCGGCCAUGAAGCACCUCGCUCGCGCCCGUUCGCCGCUCGUGCUGGAGGCUCAGGCGUCUCUCAAGGCUCUUUUUGGCAGGCUUAAGCCAAGUUGCUAG